AUGAAAGUUAUAUUAGGAAUAACAAACACUUUGUCUUUAGCAUUGCAAAAGGAAGAUCAAGACAUUGUGAGUGCAAUGAGUUUAGUAAAAAUAUGCAAGAAAAACCUGCAGUUGAUGAGGGAUAAUGAGUUUGAAGAAUUGGUUGAGCAAGCAUCUUCGUUUUGUUACAAACAUGAUAUUACAGUUCCUACCAUGGAUGAGGAAUAUGUAAUUCCAGGGAGAUCACGGCGUAAUGCUCCAAUGAAGACAAAUUAUCAUCGUUACUGUGUGGAGAUCUUUAUUCAUGUAAUUGAUGGGCAACUUGCGGAAUUAAAUGAUCGCUUCAACGAGAUAGAGACUUAUUGUUGCUUGAAGAUCAACUUGGUGUUUAUGUUCAUCAUAUGCGUUCGGAAAAAUUUCAGAACUUUUACACUAAGCCCCCUUGGCCACAUAAUCCUGGAUCCGCCAUUGAGAAAGCGAAAACCAUGUUCAUUAUUUAUUUUGGAUGUUCUUCCUGAGGAAGUUGGAGGUUUGGUUAUUGUCGCAGAGGUGAGUGAGGUUGGAGUUCCAUUGAAGAAAGUGAGUGGGUUUGGGAUUUCAUUAAAUAAGGGAGAUGCGAUUCAAGCAACAAUUAGAGAGAUCGAUUAUGACUUUGUAGCUUCAAGGAUAAAGACUGCAUGUGUUUAUGACAUCGAUGUUCUGGGCCACAUCACAGUUGUGCAAGAUCUAGAAACCAAAAUGGUUGACAACAAGAGGCUUAAAACAAAGUGUGAAAUUUACUUUGAGAAUAUAAGGAGAGAGAAAAUUGGAGUCACUUUAUGGGGUGAUACUGUUGGAAGUUUAAAUGAAAUUCAAGGAUACUUGUCCCACAUUGGUAAAAAGUAG